CAUCGCUAAUUCGCUACGAAAAGGGCCUGGCAUCAGAUCUCACCAUGGCCUCCACGAUGAAGAUGUUCGCGGGGCCUCAAUUGGCCCUUUUCCGGCCCACCUGUUUAUCCACAACUUUUACGGCCUCUCCGCUAUCACGAUGCUUCUCUACGACCUCCCCGGCUCUUGACUGGCUUACUCCAAAGUUCAUGGAAACGUCCAAGUCCCCCAAGGGUCGCCCACAUGUUGCGACUGGCGGUUCUUCGCGUGGUACAACGGUCGUCUGGGGCGACUACGGCUUGCGCAUGAAGGACCACGACCGCCGACUGCCGGCUUCGUCGCUCAAGAUUGCAGAGGAAACCAUUAAAAGACGGUUAAGAGGAAUGAACUAUACGCUCUACAAGCGUGUGAGCGCCAACAUUGGUGUGUACACCAAGGGUAACGAGCAACGUAUGGGUAAGGGUAAGGGAAAGUUCGACUACUGGACGGCCAAGGUCGGUGUCAGCAGAAUCGUGUUUGAACUGAAGGGCGAUAUUCACGAGAAGGUCGCAAGGGAAGCUUUCAGAUUGGCUGGCCACAAGUUGCCCGGCCUCUGGGAGUUCUGCAAGAAGGGCGAUCCCCCUGUUGUCGGCUUGACGAAGCUCGGCAACGGCGUGACUCUGGAGAGCCUUAAGCGCCCCCGCCGGAGCCCAGCCCUGGGCACGGCAAACAUGUCUACGCCGCCCAGUUCGACAUCGUCUAGCCCCUCUGCUUCUCAAUAA